AUGAAAGAAGCGGAUGAAGAAAAUGAUAGAGGAAAAUCUCGCUCUAGAAAGCGUAAGAAGGUCAAAGGUAAGGGCAGUAAGCGCAAGAGUCAUCGAAGUCAAAAAUUUGAAGAUUCUGAUGAGAAAGAUGAUGUUUCCUGUUGUGGUCGACCAAAACGAAAAAGUGAUUCACGUCGUCGUCGAAAACAUCACCAUCAUAGAAAGCAUAAAUCAAAACGUUCUCAAAAGGAUAUGGUUGGAACGAAAGAUGAAAUUUCAUCAUCUGUUGUAGCAGCGCCACCAGUACCACAAUCACAACAGCCAAUAGCAGCAACCUCAGUUGCUGUAUCAAAAGAGAAAUUGAAAGAGGAAAAAGAAUCUGGUGAAGUGACAAAUACAAAUCAAGGUAAACAAUCAACAUCAGGUGAAAUUGCUGGACAAGGAAAGUUAAGUGGUCAAUUAGGUGCAUCACAAAUAUCACCACCAUUACCUUCAUAUGAUAAUCAAAAAGCUGAUGCACGUAAUGGACGUGAUGGACGUGAUGGACGUGAAAGUGUAUCUCAAAUAGCAAUGAGUAAAACAGAAUUAUUGCAAGAAUUAUGUGUUACACAGUGUAUACGUGAUGGCUAUGAAAUAAGUCGAAUGGAAUAUAAGACAUGUUUUCCAAUUUCAAAAAAACCAAAUUUUAUUUAUUUACCUCAAUUGAGAUUUAUGGCAAAUAAAAGUUCAACCGAUACGCAAAAGAAAUCAUCAACUCGACAGAAUGCAACUAAUUUAUUGCAUGAAAUAACACAACCAAUUAACCUUUAUCAAAAUGAAACACCUGAUUUAACAAAGGAAAAAAAUUUGAUGUCUGAGACGAAAAUAAGCAAAUUUGUGGAAAAUUUGAAUGAAUGCUAUUUUGCGCUUCAAAAAACUCGCAAAAAUAUUGCUAAUCUUAAGCUUCUGGCAACUGGUGAGAUGCUAAAUGAAGUUCAUAGGUAUGAUAAUGAUACAAAGACAAUUAUAAAUGAUCUUAAAUAUCUUCAACAACGUAUUCAUCGGAAAUUUGGAAAUUGA